AACACUGCCUGUGCUCCCUCUUCGACCGCCGUCUACAUUCCCUUUCUCAGCUUCACCUUUGCCCUGUCCUUGACUUCUCAGCCUACUAAUUCGCUGCGAUUGUGUGCCCCUCAAAUAACCAACCAAGAGGUCAACAUGACCUACACUAGAAAGCAGGUUGUCACUUGCCUCAGCGUUCUAUAUCUCAUCAUCGCGACCGGGCUGGCGGGAUAUGCCUCGUCUCGCGCAAACGCUCGCUCCGUGCCCAUCUCUGACACGCUCACGGGCUUCGUCACUGCCCUACCAUUCAUCGCUGGCCUAUUCCUCGAGUGCGGCUACGACCUCACUCGCCGUCAGGAGCGUCGGCAACAUCUGAGCCGUGGCGAGAUCCAGCGACCACCGCUAGUCAUCAUCGCAAACACCAUCAUCUUCAUAUACUCGAGCGUCGUCAUCACUCUUCUCGGCACACAUGCCGCCCCGCCAUCUGGGCUAGACUGCGGCCUGCGAGGACGCUGGCAGACGCUGUUCAAGCAAAAAGACGCAGAUGCCAUCAGGAAGAUCCAGGAUGCCUUCAAGUGCUGUGGCUUUGCCAAUUCACGAGACAUGGCCUGGCCAUUCCCGGAUAGAAGCCAUGACCAGCACGCCUGUGAGAGCGCGUUUGGCAGGACGAGUGGAUGUCUAGGAGCGUGGAAAGCCGAGGAGCAGCAGAUUGCAGGCUUGCUCAUAGGAGUGGUUGGCAUGGUCUUUAUCUGGCAGUUUGCCAUCAUCGCUAUACCCACCCAGCGCGAGUCCUGGCUUCACCGCGUUGCCCCCGAUCGAAUCUCUCGCAUGAUCGCUGACGAGAGACACGGCGGCAGUGAGGAGCCUCGACGCGCCAUUGAUUACGUGCCGGGGUACAACCGCUAUUCCGAUCGCGUCCAAGAGGAGGAUGAACAGGACGACGAUCUGAACUCCAGACGUGCCAUCGAGGAAGGCAACCGCCGGCUCACCAAUGCUUUGCCCGGACCUCUCGACCGGGAUCAGCAGCCUACGGUCGAGAACGAAUGGGCUCGGGCUUGAAAUGAACGGUCCCAGCCAGACCUCUGCACAACAUCUGAUGUUAAAGCAUUCAUGCUUGAUUUCGGUGUUUUGAGGACAACGGAAUACCGAACUAAUCAAGCAUGUGGCAUUGUAGUUUGAGUAGGGCAGCUGAAGGAAGACUGAAGUUCAGCGCACUCAACACAAUGUCCAGGGUAGUGUGCAAUAUAGGCUACACUCCAAUACAAUGUAUACCCAACCACUGCCUACCGUCAAGACAUA